AGAUAGCUGGGUGGCAGGGACAGGGGAAAGGGGCUUUUCUCUGUGGCCCCCUGGAAAAAGCCAUGUAAGAUCAGUGGCUUGUCAAGACAGAAGAAAAUAAUUCGAUUUAUCAUCCAAAUUUGCAACACAGAAGAUUGACCUAAGAAGACACUGGAGUAAAAGAGGACACAUUGAAGUUUGUAUGAAGAAGUGCGUCCCGGAGCUUAAUGGACACGUAAAACUACCCAAACCAACUCCAAGAGAAGAAACUCCCUUAAGUUCAGCACCAAAGAUAUCUGCAGACGGUUUUGAUGUCAGGUGAAGGUGAAGUCAGACUGACGGUAUCUUUAGCCACGAAACAGACUACACACUUUACUUUCUGAUCGCUGCGCACUUCGGGUGAGGCAUGAGUGGAGGUCGCUUUGAGUUUGACGACGGUGGGGCUUAUUGUGGAGGCUGGGAGGGGGGGAAAGCCCACGGCCAUGGCAUCUGCACCGGACCCAAAGGCCAGGGCGAGUUCUCCGGAUCCUGGAACUACGGUUUCGAGGUGGUGGGGGUCUACACCUGGCCCAGUGGAAACACCUAUGAGGGGUACUGGUCGCAGGGCAAGCGUCACGGCCUGGGAGUAGAAACCAAAGGACACUGGAUUUACAAAGGGGAAUGGACUCAUGGCUUCAAAGGGAGAUAUGGCAUCCGGAUCAGUGUGGGCAGUGGAGCAAAGUAUGAAGGGACUUGGAAUAAUGGGCUACAGGAUGGAUAUGGAACAGAGACAUAUGCUGAUGGAGGUACUUUCCAGGGUCAGUUCACAGGUGGGAUGCGGCAUGGCUAUGGCGUACGGCAGAGUGUCCCUUAUGGCAUGGCAGCAGUUGUCCGCUCCCCUCUUCGUACCUCCCUGACCUCCCUUCGCAGCGAACACAGCAAUGGCACCGUCCUACAGCAAGACAUCCCCGUCAUCACCACCACCAACGCCUCAGGAGAGGAGACACACGUCACCACCCCCACCCAGCUGGGACCGUCCCGUGGAGGCUUCGCCCUCACGCUCCAGGUGGACCCAGAGGCGGUGAAACCCAAGAAGAAGGGCCUGUUUCGAAGAGGCUCGCUGCUGGGUAAGCUGAAGAAGUCCGAGUCAAGUACCUCGCUGUCCAGCCAGAAGAGCAAGAUCAGCUUCCUGAGGACCGAAUCGGCUCUGAGCUCCAACGCCAGCGACACCCACUCCACCAUCAGCAUCGGGGACGACAGCCUCGCCGGGGCGGAGGAUUUCCCCCCGGUGGAGGCCGACAUCGACGCCACCACCACUGAGGUCUACAUGGGCGAGUGGAAGAACGACAAGCGCUCGGGAUAUGGAAUAAGCGAAAGGUCCAGCGGGCUGAAGUACGAGGGCGAGUGGAUGAACAACCAGAGACACGGUUACGGCUGCACCACCUUCGCCGAGGGAGGGAAGGAGGAAGGCAAGUACAUGAACAACCUGCUGGUGAAGGCCGUGAAGAAGAGGAUGAUCCAGCUGAAGGGAACCAAGAUCAAGCAGAAGGUGGAGCGGGCGGUGGAGGGCGCUCAGAGGGCCGCUGCCAUCGGCAAGCAGAAGGCAGAAAUCGCUGCUUCCCGGACGACCCACUCGAAGGGGAAGGCCAACGGAGCGGAGCUGGCGGCUCUGGCCUCCAACAACGAGUCCAGCAUCGCCCGGCUGGUGUCCACAGAGCUGUCCCCGUCCUUCUACCAGCCAGGUCCUGAGUAUCUGAAGAAGAGAGUGAUACAUGAGAGCAUCGAGGGAAGUGAGACCACCGAGACCAUCAUGCAUGAGCCUCUACUGGCGGAAGAGGAGCCCCUGCCCACGCCACCAGAGAGCCCCCUCAUGAAUGAACUGGACAACCUCAUGCCUGGCUCUUCCCCAGCGCGCACCCCCUCCCCCAGCCCAGGCAUCAUCAGCAAGGAAGACCCCAAGCUCCUCAGUCCAGGAGGCUGGAACGAAGACAAAUCCAUUAAAAGUGGAGGCAGUAAGGGCAGCAGUAAGUCCAACAGCAGACCCAGCAGCCGCCCCACCACCCCAGCAACCUCUGCCCCCCCCACGGCUGCACCUGAGAGCACAGAGGCCCCUGGCAGUCGUGGCCCUUCUCGCACCCCCAGCCGUCAGAGCAGCAAGAACGAGCAGGGAUCAGACCUGGAGAUACAGCCCCUGCAGAAGUUUGAUUCAGAGGAAGCAGCUCCAGAUGUUGUUUCUGCACCUGUUGCCUCUGUAAGGAAUAGCCUCAUCUCUCAAGAUGAAGAAGAAGAGCCGCGCCCCGCCUCCAAAGUGCCAUCACGAGCCGCCACCCCCGAGCCUAAAACCAUCGAGGUCAAACCUGAAAGAGCUCCAUCAGUCCAGGAACGAGCGCCGUCCGUCUCUGAGAACAAAGUGGAGUCGAGAGAGGCGAGCAGGCCGGCCAGCAGAGCAGAGACAAAGCCGUUACCGAGACGACAGCCGAGCCCAGCUCCGUCCCCAAAACCUACACCGACGCCUGAACCAGCACCAACGCCAGUGGAGGCCAAAGCCAUCGUGGCCAAACCAGCUGCGAAGGUGGAGCCCAAAGCAGAAUCCAGACAGAAGGCCAUGGCGUUGAGCCGGAGUCCUGAAGUGCCUGCUGAGUCUUUAGAGCUGGAGGGCCCAAACACCAUAAUGAUAUGCAUGGUCAUCCUUCUCAACAUUGGCCUGGCCGUUCUCUUCGUACACAUUUUGUCAUGAGACAUCGUCCACCUCAGGUCACCACUCUGCAGAAGUGUUGGAGAGAGACGCCUCCUCCUCAGUUAGGACCAGAGAUAAGAGAAGAAGAAGAAGAAGCCUCACGCAGAUCGCCGCAGCUUUUCUAAAGGUGUUUGCUGGUGUGACUGGAGGCUAUGCGAAGCUCCUCUCUUUCCAGAGGAUUGACGAACUGAAGGACAUGAACCUGAUUCAGAACGUCUGGAUAUGACGAUGUUUGCAUGUUAAAGUCGGGGCUGGAUGGUAGAGUAUGUCCUCCGUGCUUACACUGGAGAAGCAGCGCUAAAGAAGUCACAUUUGUAACCCAAUUGGCACACACUGGCUGAUUAGACCGGAAAGAUAAUUACACUUUGUCACAAGAUGUGUUUGUAUUAUGAAGAAUGUUAAUAACAUACAAACUGAAUAUUCUCUCCACUUUGCCUUAAACUUGAUUGAGACACUGCAGCACGUGUGAAGAUUACUGGUAUUAUUGUUUUAACGAUCUACAAUGUUCAAGUUUCAACACAAAACUGCAAUCCAACAUUAAGCCAGUCUUUUUGUUUCCAUCUUGCUGCUCUGUCUCUUCAGACUCCAAAGCAUGUCGAGUUACAUUUCAGCUAAUAGCAUUUGAGACUGAGGUGUACUACACUGUGACGCGUUCUCUUUUCACUGGGAUUUAUAUGCAUUAUUGUCAAUGUGCUGCUUUGGUUUGGGAGCUGUAGAAAAGGGGCAAUAGGAAGCUUAUGAGUGUCACAGUACUGUAUGUUCCUGUUGGGUUUGAAAUGAGAGCUGUGUAUGUUUAGCAAUAGAAUGAGCAAAGAGGAUUUAUGUUAAUAAAAAAACAAUCACUGUAUGAUGUAAGUUCCUCAAUUUACAGAUUGAUAUCGAUCGGGAUGUUUUGGCCUGUGAACAAUUUGAUGUAUGUUUUAGUGUAGUAACCCGUCCGUUCUGAUUCACUAUGCCUUAUUUUCAGGGCGUUUUAGUAGAGCCAAAUACGUCAACUUGUGUACGCAUGAGGACACUGUGUAUGCGUCUGUAUUUUUGUAUCAUUUGAAGUGCACAUCUUUUCAGCAUUCAAAAUAUUCUGUUGUAUGAUUUUUCUUGUCAGAGGCAGUUAUGCAAAGCUGAAUUCAUUUAUUUCCCAAACAGUAGAAUUACCUCAUGAGAUGGAGACAAACAUGUUGAAUGGUUCUUAACUCCAUGUCUUACGGUGAGAAGAGCCCCCUCCAGAUAUGCUAUUAUCUUUGAACACGUCGCUUUUGAGAAGAACAAAGGUUUUAACAUUCAUUUCCUUUGCAGACGAACUGGUUGGGAGUUGUUCUAACGCAUAACGUGACAUUUCACAUUAGUGUUAAUAUAUCUUUUAUUUGGCAUGCUUUUCUGCUCAAUAACUGAUCAUAAAUGUACAAAGCCCAUUAACUACUAAAGAGGCAAUUCAAAGUGCAAUAGGGAAUGUAUUCAUUUAGGUCAGUGGGAUCCAUUUUGUUUUAAUGGCAUUAACAUCCCUGCUUAAUGUCAAGAAAAAGCAUUUAUUUGUAACCGAACAUGGUGAAUGAUUAAAGAACUGAAAAUAAAAAAAACAUUUACAACA